AUGUCAAAAAUUAAUACAUUUGAGAUUAUAGCUCAACAUAUUCUUGAAAAUCAAAGAGAAAAAGUUCAUUACGACAUUCAAUAAGAAAAAAUAAAUUAUGGGAUCUCAUAAAAUAUUUAUGGGAAAUAUCAUAAAGAAAAGUAUUUAAAGUUAGGAGUGAAAGAAGGCGAUAUACCAAUGGCUAAGGAUGUUGAAGAAUUAUCAAUGGAUGAAAUCAUUAAUUUUUAUUAUUAAUUGUACAUCAAAAAUCAUGUUGAAAAAAUAGUGGAUCCAAAUACAGCUUAUUUGUACUUUGAUACAUUAGUGAAUUUGGGAACUAAAAAUGCCACUCUUUUUCUCUAGAAAGCAUGCAGAAAAACAAAGGAUGGCAUUUUCAAUAAGAUAGCACUAUCAGCUCUGAAUAAUAUGAAUUAAAAGGAUCUAUAACAUGACCUAAUUUAAUCCAGAAUUCUUUUUUUGGAAGAAGCAAUAAAAAAAAACCCUUAGAAAAAAAGAAAUUAUGAAAAUUGGAUCUCAAAUUUGGAUCAAUUAAAGGAAUAAAUAGAUAAGGGAAUAAUGCCUCAAUUGGAGGAUUAAUAAUUAGAAUAAUUUGAGAGCAAACCAUAAUUCUAGCACAUGUUAGGUUAAUUCAAAGAUGAGAUAGAAUUAGAAAAGAAAAUUAGAGGAAUUAAUUUUAAUUCAAUGAGAUUUCUAAUAGAUGUAUAAGAGGAUAUACACUUAACUGAUUUAGCAACAGCAUUAUUUGUCUUAAGUGAUCCAAAGCUAUCAAAAUAAGAAAAGAUGAUCAAAUUCAAUUUAAGUCCUAUUCUUUCUUUGAAGCAAGAAGAAGUGUCAUAAUAAGAGAAACUUUAUUGGCCGGAUGAACUUGUAAAGAGAAAUAUAAUCAAUGAUACUGAAUUUGCAAAGGUGUUAUUUGAAAGUAGUCAUUAAUUGCAACAAAUAAGUUUGGGUAUUGCAGCAGAUGGGAAAACUCCUUUUAAGUACCCCAGAGAAUUAGAAUUAUGUGGAUUGAAAUCAUACUAGAAUUUUGGAAGCAUGAUGGGAUCUUAGUUAAUUUACAAGUUUAUACUUUAUCCUUAAACAUGUGUUUAUAAUUAUUAAGAUGGCUAGUUCUUAAUAGAAAGUAUAUAAAUUAAAUGUAAAGCAAAGCAAAUUGAAUUACUGAAAUAAUAGAUAAUUGAAAAAGAUAUUAAGGACCCUAAUGAUUAAGGUGUUUUAUUUGCUGAAAAAAUUAGUGAAAUUUAUGAGAAAAUAUCCAAAUACUACCCAAUUUUUAAGAGAUUAGAAUAAUUAUUCAAAGCCGUUGUUCUUGCUACAUAGAUGAUAGAAAAGAAUGUCCAAAUUGAUUCAGAUCUAUUAAGGGCAUCUUCAUUAAAUAGUUAUAAUUUGCCUAAAACGAUUUCAAUUCUCAAAAGUGAAUAUUAACUCAAGGAAGAAAAAUCAAAUAAAUCUAACAAAGAAAAGCAGCUGUUCAAAUUUGCUUUAGGAGAGAUAGAUACAAGUUGUUAGAAUAAAAUAGAAUAGAAAGUUAUUAACAAUAAAUUGAAUUUCAAUAAUUUAACAGAAAUUGAUAUACCUUUCUUUUAGUAAAAAAAAUGUAGGUCUUGUAGCAGAAUGAUAGAGAGCUAAUUAUUAACUUUAGGUUAUAACAAUUGUUCUAUACAUUUAUCAGAUUCCUGUUAUUCAUGCCUAUAAUUAAUAAAAGCUGAUAAUUCGAUUCUUCAUAAAAUAGAUGAGACCGAAAUUUCAUUUCACAAGGCUUGUUCUGAAUUAUAUGAAUAAAGAAAAUAGAGUGAAUUCGACUUUGAUUUUGAGAAUGCACUCUGA